AUGUUAAAUGCUCCUCAAUGGUUGACAGGGGAAUUAAGAUCAAAUAUUUUUGAUAAAUGUGAAGUAUCGGCAUGUCAAUUUCAUUAUAAAGAACCAUAUAAAUAUGUGAACGAUAGUGAUGCGGUUAUUAUAAUUCCAUUGGGAUACUCUAACAAAAGAUUCAUCAUACGAAACUCGAAUAAAGGACAGAUUUGGAUAUUUGCCGUGUGGGAACCUCCAAUUCUUUCAUAUUCAGCAGAAUUUAAUGAAACAAUAUCAAAAAGGAAGAUAAAUUGGACCAUGACUUAUCGACUGGACUCUGAUAUUCCCGUACCUUAUUGUUUGGUAGAGAAAACUAGUGGGCAGUCAAAAAAUUACCCAAAAAUUAUGGCAGAGAAAACAAAACUGGCAGCACAAGUAGUAAGUCAUUGUCCAACACCAAGUUUACGUGAACAAUAUGUCAAAUCAUUACAACAAUAUAUAACAGUAAUGGUUUAUGGGGCAUGUGGACACGCGAAGCAAAGGAGUCGAGAUAAACAUUUGUUUCAUAACAUUGAAAAUUCCUAUAAGUUUUAUUUGUCUUUUGAAAACUCUUUGUGUCGUGAUUAUGUAACUGAAAAAUUUUUCCAGAGGCAAAAAAGUAAUAUUGUUCCCAUAGUGAGAGGUGACGGUAAUUAUGAACAUUUCUACCCCAAAAAUUCUUACAUAGAUGUCAGAGAUUUUAAAUCAAUUUCUGAUUUAGCCAAAUACAUUCAAUAUUUAGAUAGAAAUGACACAGCUUAUAUGGAAUAUUUGAAAGCCAAAGAAAAUUUCUCUUCUACAAGGGGUAUAGGUCGAACCAUUGUUAAAUCAUUUUGCCAAGUUUGUAAGAUGCUACAUAAUCCUGAUAAAUAUAGGAAUAUUUACUCAAAUGUUCAAGAUUGGUAUAAUAAUGGAGUUUGCAGACAGGCAACUGAUUUAGAAAUAUAG